CUCAGCGGGAGUUUGCCGCGCGAACCGCCGAAACGCCGACAGAUGAAUGAGCCUCCCACCAGGCUGGGGCCCCGCGGGCCUGCGAAUCUCGCGGACGCCCCGCUCAGCCUGGGGCGCGCCGGCUCCUUUCUGCGAGAGAUGGGGCGCGCGGCCCCCCCGGCCCCCGGCUCCCGGAGUCCCGCGGCGGCGGGGGCGGGGGCGAGCGGAAGCCGGGGCGGCGCUCCCGAGAAUCUCCCGGUAGCGGAGAACCUGGACUGCGAGCCCUGGGUCAAAGAGAAAGUGCUCUUCCUUCUGCACCCGGAGAGAUGGUUGGGGACUCAAGGGGACCCUGCGCGGGAAGAAGUGGCCGGUGGGGAGGACCUUUCCCAGGAGGCCGGACACGACCUGGAAGCUGCCCGCCCUUCCUUCUUUCCAGGAAAAGGCAUUUUUGGAAGCCCCGUAGACGCCCCCUUCGGAGCCCCGCCGCGGGACCCCGCAGCUCCGCCCAGGUCCGUCCUCGUGCGGAUUGUGGACUAUCAGGUGACAGAGGAAGUGCUGUGGACCGCGUGGACUCAGGGUCGCAUGACCCGGCGCACCGAGGAGCACUCGAUGACCGCGGUCACUUUUCGCACCGGCAGGGAGUGAAGCAGGCAGUGGGGCGCCAGCCCCCCGGUCCCACGAGAACCCCGGGCUCUCUCGGCGUGGGGGAGAGGUCACCUCACGGUCCCCGAGGACUGGAUUGCCCGAGGAUACGAAACAGGAAAGGGGAGCCUGAGGAAUGUUGCGGUCAGGAGGAUGAGCAAUAAUCCUUAAGAAAAGAAAAAUUCUCUCCCGGGAACGCCAACCCGUAGUUAACCAACGGGAAGACUUUUUAAAAGGCUGGGGCAGCGCUUCGGGGAGGCGGACGACACCCCAAACCGAAUGAAGAACAGUGAGCAACGUAAUACCUCGUUUGUGCCUUAAAUACUGUGACGGCCUGGGGACCUAAGUCGUUGAGAAGAGGGGCAGGAAAGCAGUGAAAACAGGAAGGCUUCACAUAUGCUCUGACUGGAAACUAUUAGCAUGGAGAAGCUAGAAGUGGGCAAUCUAAAAAAAACUUCUUGUGGAGCACCUUGGUGGCUCAGUUGGUUAAGCGACUGACUUGGUAUCGGCUCAGGUUGCAAACUCGCAGUUGUGAGA